GAGGCAGAACUUCCUUCCAUUCACGAAUUUAGUACACAUCUUCAUGGCAAAAUUACUCAAGAUGACUACAAACAUGCCCAGAAAGUAUGGAAGGAAUUCAGAUGUAAAAAUCUAGGUGAAUACCAUGAUCUCUAUCUUAAAACUAAUGUACUUAGUCUAGCAGAUGUCUGUACAGAGUUUCAAAAAAUGUCUAUGAAAUAUUAUGAACUUGAUCCCAGUCACUAUGUUUCUGCCCUAUCAUUAUCCUGGAAUAGAAUACUUAAGAUGUCAGGAGUUAGGAUUGAACUUUUCACAGAUAUGACUAUGCAUGAUUUUACCAAAAAAGCUAAGCAUGGUG